AUUUGCUAUUGAUGGCUUAAUGGCUAAGCGCAGAAAUGGCGAAUAAGAUUGCGAUGUUUCUAUCGGAAGCAAUAAACAACAAUGCUGUCAUAAACACUUGUCUUGGGGUAUCGUUUGUGGUUUUGGGAUUGAGAUCUGAUCAACAGCAGAAGUAUGUCGAGGCUUUAGCAGAGCAGAAGGAUUCGCUUUCCAAGUCUAACAAGGCGAUGAAAGUCACUAUGUGGGAGUGGAAACAGCAGCUCUUUGCUGAAGCUGCUUCCGCUGGUGCUUCCGCGGUUGUUCCUCUUUCCACGCUCAAGGCCAUCUAUGGUGAAGUCACAGCAACCACUCAGUCAGGUUAA